GAGGAGCUCGCUCGCCUCCGACGGAAGUGUCACGGUCUCCUCAGUCCUCUUUCGUGGGCCGGUCUCGCCCCAAUUCUUUCAGAAAUGGAAGGACUCUAUGCUGCUAAUCACCGGGGCGAUGUCGCAUCCGCACUCUCCAACCUCCUAAUAUCCAUUGUUGGCGAUCAAUCGGCUCUGUCGGAUACCUUCAUGAUACUACAUGCUGGCUUUGUCGCUGGAACAUAUAAAAUCAUGGGAACGGCCAUUGGAGCCCACAUCUUACAAGCUGUCAUUGAGGAUUUUGACGGAUACUACGGCAAAGUGAACGGUAUCGAUGACCCAGCGAGUGCCGGCAAGAAAUGCACGAAUUUAGUGAGUUUCAUUUCGGAGCUCUACAAUUUCCAGGUCGUGGGAGCUCUGCUUAUUUUCGAUAUUUUGAGGAUAUUUCUGGGAGAGAUAACCGAAUCCUCGCUACGCUUCAGUCCUGUGAUCAAUCAAACACAAUCCAAGAAAAAGUAA